GCCCGGCUCUCCCUCAGCACGUCCGUAUGUGUGUGAGAGCGGUGAGUGUGUGAGAAAGGAAAAAAAAAAAAGGAAAGAGAGAGAGCGAGCGACAAGUAACCGGCGAAGCUGCCUCUUUCCCCUCACUUCCUUACUAAACCGCUGCAACCAUGUCAGGUCGGUCGGUCAGAGCGGAGACAAGAAGCCGGGCCAAAGAUGAUAUCAAACGAGUUAUGGCCGCCAUCGAAAAAGUACGGAAAUGGGAAAAGAAAUGGGUUACUGUUGGAGACACUUCCCUCAGGAUCUAUAAAUGGGUACCUGUGGCAGAACCUAAAGUGGAUGAUAUUGAGUUGAAAGUGACAGAUGAGAACUCUGGACUUCUGAGGCGGCCAAAGCCCUGUGGAAAAAAGACCAAGAACAAGAAAAAGGCAAAAGAUGAGAAAUGUGGCUCAGAGCUAACUACUCCAGAAAACAGUUCAUCACCGGGUAUGAUGGAUAUGCAUGAUGAUAACAGCAACCAGAGUUCUAUAGCUGAUGCCUCCCCAAUGAAGCAAGAAAAUAGCAGUAACUGUAGCCCUGCUCCUGAGCAGAAUUUGUCAGUGCAAGCAGAUAGCAAUGAAGUGAAAUCUGAAGAGGUUCAUUCAAAUACAAGCGAGCAACAGGAUUCAGAAGCCACUUCAGGACAAAACUCACAGUCUUCAGUUGAAAGUUCACUAGCAAGUUCGGAGAAAGCAGAAACACAAACCUCUGGGGAUAAAGAUACAGCUCCUGAAGCAUCUAAAAACUCUCAGGAUUCUGAUGAAGGAGCUCCCCCAUCUAAGAAAGCAAAAGGAGACAGUUCUCAGCCAUCUACAGAGGCGAUCUAGCUUUAACUGUUAUAUUUAUCUUUUACUUUUAAUUGGGUCAGUUUACUGUAAGGUACAUUGGUUAUCUUGACUAUAGGACAGCCUUACAUAAAGCAACUUCUUCUCUUGGAGAAGACCUGGACUCUUUUUAAGUUUUCAACCUACAAAGCAAAACUCAGCCAAUGCCUGGAGAGAAGGCAAGGACUUCAAAGAAACUGAUUUUUUUUCUGUGAAAUUCACAGAAUCCCAGUGGCUGUCUUUGAAGUAGUUGAUGUAAAACACUCAGGAGGGUCUACGCACUGUUUUCUGUAGUCAUUUUUACAUUUGUGUUGCUGCUGUAUAUAAAUUUCCAAGUUCUCUAUUUAACAUGUAAACUAUUUAAAGAUGGUACCUGUUUUGGUUUUAGUCUUCAUGUGAGUUUUCCUAAUUUUUUCUUUGUCCAUAUUCCUUCCAUGGUUUGGGUGUGUUUUUUAUUUAGUUACUUUAUUUGUAUUUUAUUUUUUGUUUUUAUUGAUUUUUUUUAUUUUUGUGCCUUGUGUUUUAGGAAUUUCACUCAUAGACCUAUUCACAGUGCCACACAGAUGAAUUUAUUGACAAACUCUUAUAUGUGUAGCAAAGUUCAAAAUGUAAGAAGCCAUUUACAAGAGAGGAUUAAUCGCCUCAUUUGUAGUUAUUUUGUGUCAAUGUGUGUUUGUUUUCAAAAUUUGAACAGAAAUAAUACAUUCCAAGAAGUUUA